CGGAGUUGAGCAACAGAUCGCACACAUGUAUAUAUCUAUCAUAAAAGCACACUUUGAAUGAAAAGUAGUAGUUGAGAUAAAAGACAGGGCAUUCUUGUAUUUUAAUGAAAUACAUUUAAAUUUAGUACAUAUAGAAUUUCUACUAAAGAAAUGAUACAGUAUUGCGUCAGAGCGAUUUAUCUUUACAUUUAUGUAGCAAUAUUCCAUCAUCACCUGCAUAUGGUGUUUUUAUAUCUCAACGUAUUCGAUACGCCAGAGCUUGUUCUGCGUAUAGUCAAUUCUUAAAUGGAGGCAAACUACUGACAAACAAGAUGAUGCCACAGGGGUUUCAACAGUCUCGAUUGAAGUCAGCAUUUCGCAAAUUCUAUGGUCGUUAUAAUGAUCUAGUUCGUCAACCUAUCAUUGGGUCAAAUGCUAUCUGACGCUUUUCAUACCGAGUGUUAGGCCGUUCUUCGCACACUGAAUUUCAAUACGGAUAACUCCGUUUACCUGAUCAGAUUAUAGGGCUCACGGCGGGUGUGACCGGUCAACAGGGGAUGCUUACUCCUCUUAAGCACCUCAUCCCACCUCUGGUGUGUCCAUAGGUUCGUGUUUGCCCAACUAUCUACUUUGUAUUACUUAUAGGAGUUAUGAGAUUGAUCACUGUUCGUCUUCACCUUUCAUCUAUUGAUUUAUUACUGAUACGUAUACAUGACACCGAUAUCUAUACCUGUUAUCACUUUUCCCUGAUCUAGAAUGUCUCCCACUCGCUUUGCUCCUAUGUGAUUCCAAUAUAGAAUGUUUUGCUACAAAGAAUUGGAUUCAAAAUUCUUAAUGCAAUUUGAUUAACAACAAACAUGUAAAAUAAUCUGAUUUUUGUUGUUGUUGGAAAUUUGGUUUUGAUCCUCAGGUCCAAAGUUUGGAAAUGCAACUCCAGUAAAUAAUCAAUGUUCCUUCAUUCUCUGUGUACGUCUGAUUGAAUAUUGUUGCCGUCCCAUUUUAAGAGAACUGUUCAUUCAUAUAGAGACCUCACAAGUUCUAAGUGAGGUGUCACAUAUUCACUGAAUUACUGCAACAUAUAUACCUGUUCAGUAUUAGCUUUAUCAUUUGUUUUGGAUACAACAUAUUUUAUUGAAAUACAAUUCGACAUUGAACACAAUAGAACGUUCUCAAAACGUUAGAUUGUCCCCUGUUCAUGUUAAAACCGUUACAUUAGUAUUGGAAAAUAUUAUCUAUCAUAGCUAUAUGAGAUUAAUGAACUUUAAUUAAAUAUCGAUCUCAGAUUGUUUCAUCGCCAGAUCUAAAGACGUACGACUGUUAUUGGGACAACGUUCAGUUUCAUGAACAGUUGUGUAUCUCUACCAGCAAACCGAUCUCCAUGGAACGUGUGAGUUACGGUCUUGUAAUGCUUCUGUUGUCUCAAUACGUACACUGUCAAAUGACAGGUAACUACUUGUUGUCCUCCUUAAGCGGGGGCAUCAGUAAUCACUCUAAGAUGUUUGAGGACUCGGUAUUCGGAUUCUCGUACAUAGAGACGCUGAGUAAAUGUUUAUUUGUGUACUUCCGCUAUCAGAAUGUGUAUGUUUUGCUGGGAGCCGAGAUAUGCAAAACUGGCUCUCCAUCGGGUUAUCAAUGUCGGCUUCUAAUGAACUACAAGAAACAGGGCUAUGUGGCUACUGAUCCCAGCAACCAAGACUGUCAGUUUCUGGAAAUGGAGGAGAAGGAUGUCAUCAAUGUUGCUGCCAAAAGACCUACAAGUGUUAGUUCUAUCCGUCUUGGGCAGUCGCAGUUUGGGCCAUCUAACGUAGUGGAUGGGGUUACGGAUUGCCCUUUGCUUGGCGGGUACCUUGCCAUGACCAGGUUUCAAAUAAGCCCAUGGAUCCAGGUUGAUUUCGAGAGUCCAGUGGAUGUGUUGAAAGUUUUGAUUUUCGGAAGACAGGACUGCUGUUACGAGAGACUUCACAACUUACACGUUUCUGUGCAUGAUGGUGUAACUUACCAUGUUUGUGGCUAUUACGAUGGACCCCCUACGCAAAGGACCCACAUCAUGGUCUACUGUAAAAAUAUAAUCCAAAGUCCACUGGUUGUCAUCACAUUAAAUGGCGGUGGUCUGCAAAGUUUGGAACUUUGUGAAAUGGCAGUUUUCGGACGAUAAACAAGAUUAAUAGAUUAUUGGUAUAAAAACCAGUAUCAUUUCGAGAGUUCCUAAAGACUGUAUUUCAAUACUAGCACCUACCAAUGUACAGUAAGGUACUGUGUCUCCUCAACAAGGAACGGUAAUUCUUUUAAGUCUCUUUGCAAUAUGUGAUUUUUGUAAUUUGAUACAUUUUACAAAUUCAACUGGAAAUUAAUUUUUCUGUACAAAAACGUGAAUUACACGUCUUUGAAACAAUUGAUUUAUUUUAACUGUCGAUGAGAUUGAUUUGCUAGUAGUAAAAACAUUCUUGUUAUUUAACAUUUGUAUCAGUAAUGAAUAUUAAGAACAAAUUAGACAGAUACUGCGUACAGAUUAUAUACCAUGUUAUCACAUAUCGUCUUUGUUGUAACACUCUGUAUAAAUACCACAAUUUUCAAUAAAAUGUUAAUACACGUUGUAAAAAUGUUGAACAUACAUGAGGAUGGGAAGUGCAACACUUGUCGUCGACAU